AUGGACACUCCAAAAGAAAAAUCCGCUUCGCCGGACUACACCGGUGUUCCUGCGAAGGAAUACACACUGGACAUCCCAAGGAUACCAAGUAUUGAACUGCCUUUAAAGGUGUCUGCUUCGCAGCAAAGUGUACAGCGAGCCGUUAGCAUGUGCGGCGGUAUUGAUAAUGUUAAGAAGGCCCUAAACACUCAUAGAGAUACCUCAGAUGGUUUGGAACUCUACCUUAACGGCGAAAAAGAAGAAGAUGGGUCUAGUAAAUUCUUCAAUGAGCACCCAAUCACGGGUCGACUCGUACCAGAGAGGGACGAAAGCAUCGUUAUGAAGCUGUCCCUGCCUAAAGGCACACUGGAGGCAUGUGGUGGCGAUAUACAGAAAGCUAUCUCGUCAGUGCCACCUCAUAGAACCAAAAUUGUGCCUGUCGGCAUUAUCAACAACACAAUUAGGUUUCGCGAGAUGUCCGAUUUUCAGGUGCGACUAGAUAAUGUGCCAUCAGCUCGUGAAUUUAACGAGAGUUUCGGGACCUUGGAUUGGGCCCAUUUCAAGAACUAUGUGGAAAGCAUUCCCGACCAAGACUCUAGGCCUUUCGAAAACAUAAGCAGAAUGAUUGUUGAUCGUGCAUCUGAUAUUCCUGGCACCGAUUUUCAGCUUCCGCCUCCACCGAAGUUUUCGAUGGUUAACAUCCCUUUUGUUUACAAAUAUAAGGGCAACCCAUAUGCCACGAAAACCUCAACCGGAGAAUCCACUGUCAAAGGUACUUAUCUAAAGAACUACCAGCAGCUUGUCCACAGUUUCGGAAGGGGGACGAAAGUCCCUGUAGCUGCGGACCCUUCUUUGCAAAAGGAUUACGAGAAGGCUAAGGAGACAGGAGUAUAUCCCGGUAGUAACAAAGAUUCUAAGUUUUUUGAAAAGCUUGAAGAGUGCCUCCAAAUAUUGGGCAGGCUGUUCGAAAAGCGCCGCAUAUGGGUGAAGCGCCAUAUAGACGGACUUGUGCCACAGGAAUUGCAUGCAACGCUGAAAAUUGCAUUGUCGCUGGUCUCCUACCGGUUCACAAAAGGACCCUGGAGAAACACGUAUAUCAAAUUUGGAAUCGACCCCAGGGAUUCGCCUGAGUAUGCAAAGUUCCAAACCGAAUACUUCAAGAUUGAAAGCCGUCUCCAGAAGUCGCCGCUCGCAGCAAAGUACAUGCCAGAUCCGCCUCCCAAGUUUUAUCAAUCCGACGUGCCUGACGGAAUAGAUAGUAGGUUCCGCUUCAACGGAAAGCAGAUUCCGUGGUAUCUGAUGCUUCAAAUUGAUCUGCUCACUGACGAGCCUAAUAUUGCUGAAGUGUGCUCCAAAGCUGAGUACCUCGAUGAGCCUACAGAACUCACAGGCUGGUUUCAUGAACUUGACCUAACAAAGAUAAGGAGAGUUGUAAAAUACGAGCUAGGAUGUUUAGUCCAAGGCAACUCGGAGUUCAGCGAAUAUAAGCUCAAGUUUUUCAAGAACAUGCUCUACUCUAAAGAGUCAAUGAUGAGUAAAUCAAAUGAGGCACAAGCUCCAGACGCGGAUGGCGAUAUUGAAAUGGCAGAUGCAGAUGAGCACCCAGAUCAAGCUACUCGUAUGGCGCGUAAUGAUGAUAAAGGUGCAAAUAACAACGACGACGAUGGCGGUGACAAUGAAGAUGACGAUGACAACGGUGUUGAAGCCGGGGAAUUAGAUGACACGAUUUUAGAACAAGAAGAAGGUGGUGAGGACGAUGGUCUUGAGCCAGGUGACGAGUCAGACGGAGAACCAAUGGAGAAUCAAGGCUCAGAUGUGACAUCCAGCGGAUCGUCAGCCUUCGAUAUAAAAUCAGCUAGCUUCGAUCAAAUUAUCGGGCAAGUUUCGCAGAGAGAUCCUGAUCUGGCCGCAAGACUUCGCAAGGAUCUAGGUGGUUUCGUCUUUGAACCAGAGCUCUCCUAA